GUGAGCGGAUCGUACGUCCCCCCGGGUAGCAGUUCCUCUUCCGCGAACGAUUCUUCAGGGGCGACGACGCCUAGAGUAGUGAUGCAGCACAUCACCUACGACUUCAUUUCCGGUUGUUUUGGCGGUAACGUUACGUGUGUGCGAGCAUGCGGGGUGCUGAUAGGACAUCCGUUGGACACGAUCAAAACCUGGCAGCAGUUUUCCAAUCACAAAAUCCGGACUUCCGUCUACAACAUCAUCCUACGCAACAAUGGGGUCCUCGGAUUCUACAAAGGAAUGUUCUUCCCGCUGAUGACCAGCGGUGCAACGAACUCGGUAGUGUUUGCCGUCUACGGAGAAUACAUGAGACAACUUCAAUUUCAGUGCAAAUCCGAAUUUGAACGGCGAGAGAAGUGGCAGAAGCACGUGCUGCUUGCUGGUUCGGUAGCCGGUAUUACACAGGUCCUUCUAGGAUGUCCCAUAGAGGUUGUUAAAGUGAGACUUCAGACUCUUCGAUAUAUUGGACGCCCGUGGCGCUGCCUGCUGGACAUACACCGCAUCGAGGGCAUAUGGGGUAUUUACCGGGGCAUAACUCCGAUGAUGUGGCGUGACGUGCUGCCAUACGGCAUCUACAUGAUGGUGUACGAGUACAUGCUCGGAAUCGAGGAACGGAUGCACCGAUUGAAGCGGGACCGCUAUGGUGGUGGCACGGUGGUUUCGGUGGUAAGCAGCCCGUACGAGGCGUCGUUGAUUGCGGCGGCCGGUGCCGUUGCCGGGAUCGUUUCGUGGAUGUUCAUCGUGCCGUUCGAUGUGAUCAAAACGGUGAUGCAGUCGGAAACGGAUCCCACCGUGCACAAGAAUAUGCUGCACUGCGCUCGGAUGCUGGUGGAGCGCCAUGGAUGGAGGUCAUUGUUCAGAGGAAGCUCUAUGGUAAUCUUCAGGGCAGCUCCCGUCAAUUCCAUUACUUUUCUAGGCUACGAAUGGUGCUUGGGACAGUGCCAUAAGUUUUUCGAAAAUGGUAACGGUGAAGGGGGCACAGCGACAAACUCCUACGUAUAAUAAGGUAAUAUUUUUAAGUAUUUUAUUUUUUACAUAAGCUUCAAUGUUCAGAGAGAUUAUUUCACAAUUGUUAUAGAAAUAA